AUGGUCAUUCGUCCUUCGAUUGAGAAAUGGUCAAGGCAAGAGCUGGAAGAUCGUUAUCAUGUCCUUUAUCAACAGAAUUAUAGCUUAAAACGAAGUUACAAUGAAUUGGAAAGUAAACUGAAACAGUCAAAUGCAAAAAUAAAGCGUAUAAUCGUUUGUGGGAAGGACUGCAACGAUGAUGAAAAUUACGCUGAAUUAAUUAAGGAAAAUCGAUUACUCACCAAUAAAUUGAAAAAUUUGAAACAGCAAGUCUUAAAUUAUGCCAGGCCCGAAAUAUCAGCACAACAAUGCUCAACGCCAUCACAGGCCCGUCAAACUGCACAACGACCACAAUCAGCUUUACCACGAAGGUCUAAUCGGCCACAACAAACUGCUAGCAAUGCUUCAACACAAUUUGUCAACAUGGAACAAAGACCAGCAACAGAUGUGCCAAAAGUUUCCGACGGGAAGUCGUCACUUUUGGAUAAAACGCUUUUUGUCAAAUUGAAUAGAGAAUUGAAGCAGAAAGAUGAUGAAUGUGCUUUAUUAAAAUGCAAAUUAAAUAAUGUCCAACAACAAUUGAGAAAGCUCAAAGAUGAAUAUGAUCAAUUGCUCGAGCAACUUCAGAGUAAACAACAUGAGGGAUUGAAAUUGCAACAACAAUUUAAUGAUUUAUCAUCGAAUACCAACACUGAUACGAAAGUUGCAAAACGGUUGAAAAAUAUUCAAAUUUUGGAAAAGGAAUUGGAAAUGAUACGAGAGGAGAAUAAAAUGUUGCAUGAAGCAAAUGAGAAACUUGUACAAAAUUCAUUGACAAUUGAACAAUUAGCAAUAGAAGAGGGAAAGUAUGGAGAAACGAUCAAUGAUCAACGUGUGCUUGAGAUGGAGAAGAAAUUGAAUGAAUCAUUUAUGAAAUAUUCCCAAUUAAAGCAAAAUUAUCAAAAUUUAAUGCAAACAAAAUUGGAAUUGGAAGAACGAUUGAACUAUCAAAAUGCUCAAACAAUGAAAGAAAAGACUGUCAACAAUGAGAUCGCCGAACGAAGGAAUGAAUUUGAGAAAAAAAAGACGGAAAAUUUUAGUGCAAAUGAAGUUUGUUAUUUUAUCAUAUUGAUGAUUACUGACUGA